AGUGAAGAGAAAACGGACUGACUUUAAUGACAGCUUUCCCAUACCGCUAUAUAUAGAGAUGCACAGGCGCACACACAGACACACACGGGUACGCGAUGACGUGCCACAAACUACAGCCCCUGCCGAAACCCACAAUGCACUGCGGUUCAGGGUUACGGCACACCCUCCGCACACCGCCGGCACCCUACUGAGCUCCCGUCUCUGUCGCUCGUCCUAACGCUGCCCCGCUAUGGCGGAACUGGAGGGUCUGGAGUAUGGGAAGUCAGACUUCAUCCUCCUGGACGAGGUCACCAUGGAGCAGUUCAUGGAGAACCUGAAGCUGAGGUUUGAGAAAGGCCGCAUCUACACCUUUAUCGGGGAGGUUGUGGUGUCCGUCAACCCUUACAGACAGCUGGACAUAUACGGGAAGGAGGCGGUGGAGGCCUAUAGAGGCCGGGAACUUUACGAGAACCCGCCUCAUUUGUUUGCCGUGGCCGACGCUGCGUACAAAGCCAUGAAGAUGAAGGCCAAGGACACCUGCAUUGUCAUCUCAGGUGAAAGUGGUGCUGGAAAGACUGAGGCUAGCAAGUACAUCAUGCAGUACAUUGCUGCCAUCACUAACCCUAACCAGAGAGCAGAAGUGGAGAGCGUGAAGAAUGUGCUCCUCAAGUCUAACUGCGUGCUGGAGGCUUUUGGCAAUGCCAAGACAAACCGAAACGAUAACUCCAGCCGUUUCGGCAAAUAUAUGGAUAUUAACUUCAACUUCAACGGGGAUCCCACCGGAGGUCACAUCAACAACUACCUGCUGGAGAAGUCGAGGGUUGUGCAACAGCAGGGAGGAGAGAGGAACUUCCACUCAUUCUAUCAGGUGCUAAGAGGAGGCUCUCAGGAAAUGAUCAAGUCCUUGUUCUUGGAAAAAAAUCCUGCAGUUUACGUCUACACUAGAGAAGGCGCCACUUCCAUAACCAGCAAUGAUGACCACUCCGCCCACAAGGCUGUGCUCAACGCCCUAAAGGUGAUCGGCUUCACACCCAAUGAGAUUGACUCCAUCUACAAAAUCCUGGGGACGAUUCUGCACCUGGGCAACCUGGAAUUUGCUAGCGAAGGGGAGAGUGUACAGGUGUCGGCGGAGGAAGCUGUCGAACAUAUCGCUGUUCUGACCAGCACCAAGGCUGCCGACGUCAGCAAGACCCUGCUGUUCCGCACCGUGGCCACCGGGGGCGGUGAAGUGAUCAACAAGGGCCACAGUGUGCAGGAGGCCAGUUACGGCAGAGAUGCCUUCGCUAAGGCCCUGUACGAGCGACUCUUCACCUGGAUUGUCAGUCACAUCAACACAGUGAUCGAGGUGAAAGACUACAACCCAGUGCUUCAUGGGAAAAACACCGUCAUCGGUGUGCUGGACAUCUACGGUUUUGAGAUCUUUGACAAUAACAGCUUCGAGCAGUUCUGCAUCAACUACUGCAACGAAAAGCUGCAGCAGCUCUUCAUCGAGCUGAUCAUGCAGCAAGAGCAAGAGGAGUACAACAGAGAGGGGAUCCCCUGGCAGCACGUUGAAUACUUUAAUAACCAAAUCAUCGUGGACCUAGUGGAGGAGCCUCACAAGGGCAUAAUCUCCAUUCUGGAAGAGGCGUGUCUAGGUGUGGGCAAGGUGACCGACACCAUGUUCCUGGAGAGCAUGGACACCAAGCUGAGCCAGCACCCCCACUACACCUCUCGUAAGCUCUGCCCCACAGAUAAAAGCAUGGAAUUCCGCAGAGACUUCCGCAUCCGGCACUAUGCGGGGGAUGUCACGUACUCAGUGGAGGGCAUUUUAGACAAGAACAAAGACCCCCUUUUCCAAGAUUUCAAGAGGCUUAUGUAUAACAGUACGGAUCCUGUGAUGAGGGACAUGUGGCCAGAGGGUCGACUCAGCAUCACCGAGGUCACCAAACGUCCCCUCACUGCAGCCACGCUCUUCAAGAACUCCAUGAUUUCCUUGGUGGACAAUCUAGCCUGCAAGGUGCCAUAUUAUGUGCGCUGCGUCAAGCCUAACGAGAUGAAGUCACCGAUGCUGUUUGACGACGCUCGGUGCCAACACCAGGUGGCAUACCUGGGCCUGCUGGAAAACGUCAGGGUUCGAAGGGCAGGGUUCGCCUACAGACAGCCCUACGAUCGCUUCUUGCAGAGGUACAAGAUGACCUGCGAGUAUACCUGGCCCAACCACCUCAUGGAGUCGGACAAGGAGGCGGUGGAGGCCAUCGUCAGGCAGCACGGCUUCUGCGAGGCGGUGGAGUAUGGCCACAGCAAGCUGUUCGUGCGCACGCCACGCUCGCUCUUCACGCUGGAGCAGGAGCGCAACGCCCUCAUCCCCAUCUUGGUGCUCUUCCUGCAGAAGGUGUGGCGGGGCGCCCUGGCUCGCAUGCGGUGCCGCAAGCUGUGGGCCAUCUACGCCAUCAUGGGCUGCUAUAAGCGGUACAAGGUGAAGGCCCACUUCUGGGAGGUGAGCCACAGGUUCAGCAACGUGCGCAACAUGACCGACUACGGCCGGAGCGUGGAGUGGCCUGCCCCACCCGCCGCGCUGGCCCAGUUCCACAGCAUCACCCAGGGGCUCUACCGAAGGUGGUGGGCGAGGCAGAUCGUGAAGAACAUCCCCCCCUCGGACAUGCUGGAGGUGCGCGCCAAGGUGGCUGCCCUGGCGGCGCUGAAGGGGGAGCGACCCAGUUGGGGCUUCGAACGUGCCUGGGAGAGGGACUACCUCAGCCUGGCGAACGAUUCUCCCCAGAGCAGUACCAGCUUCGUAGAGAUGACCAAAGAGCUGAAGAAGAAGGACCAGUACAACACAGUGCUGUUUUCGGGAUUCGUGCGUAAGGUGAACAGGUUCAAUAAGAACACUGACCGUGCCCUGCUCAUCACUGACAAGAACAUCUACAAGCUGGAUCCUCGCAAGCAGUUCCGGGUGAUGAAGAAGCUGCCUUUGGAAAGCGUGACGGGCUUAAGCGUUACGAGCGGAGCUGACCAGAUGGUGGUGCUGCACACGUCCUCCCAGGAUGACGUCCUGGUUUAUCUCCAGAGAGGGAAGCUCUGCCCCAAUCAGGACCGCGUGGGGGAAGUGCUGGGCAACCUGAGCGACCACUUUACACGGGUGCUGUGCAAACCUCUGUCGGUCUCGGUGCGAAGCUCCGCCCUCCAGCUCAACAUGCGUGGGAAAGCCAAGAACGUAACUGUGGAGACAAAGCCGGGCCAGCCCAACGCGGACUUCCGCAAGAACAGAAACGGCUUCACCUUAUUGGUACCAGCCAGCUAAUGUCCCUGGCAUAGCCCUACAGUGCUGUCCCCGGACAGGUGAUACAGUACAGUGCUGUCCCCGGACAGGUGAUACAGUACAGUGCUGUCCCCGGACAGGUGAUACAGUACCCGUCCAUGACGAUGUACAAAUUACUCAUUUUCUUCAUUUUCUUUUCUACCUUUUCACAUAUGAUGUAUAUUUGUUUUUUUUUUAGAUAUAAAGUAUUUAAGAGUAUUUUAUACUAAUCUCAAGAACAAAAAGCAUAGCAGUGCCGGUUCUGGGGAGGACAGGGGGCGGUACCCCCAUGACAACAUGAAUGGCCUCGCGUGGCCUCCCUAAAUACGUAUGCUACUUGGAUCUGAAAUAAAUGUAUUAUUAUUAUUACUAUUUCUAUUUACAUUUAUAUAUGUGGACUAAAAUGUUGUGCGCUGGGAACCGGCGAAAUGCAAGCAUAUGCACAUUUUUUUAAUGGACUCUAGGUACCAGGUGGUCGAGUCUUUCUAAAAAGUGUAACCAAAAAAAAUCAAGCUUGUGGGAACAAGACAGUCUAAACAAGAAAUCAGAGUGAGUUACAUGUUUGUAAAAACUGUAAAAUGUAACCGCAAAGUAUUGCAUAAAUAACUUAUUGGUUUUCAAAA